AUGGACCAAUCUUUGUGUCCAGCGCUGGAAGAGGAGGCACGGCAGGCGAACACAUUGUCCCUGCAUGUUUGGGGUGAGUGCCUUAGACAGGCAGACUGGUGUGUAGGUGAUGUUUGUGUGUAUCUGCGUGUGUGGGCAUGCAGACAACCGCGUCGUCAUGGCGGAUGUGGUAGGGCGGAUGCCCACCGUGACGUUUGCUGAAGUGUCAGCGCCUGUGGAUGCCCUGCAGAUGGCCAAUGGUAAGCUGACAGCGCAGCCAGCUGAUCGCUUAACGUCAUGGUUACUUGAUUGACUCUUCCUCAGACUCGAGUGACGACCGCCAGCGGAGGGAAGACCGGCACAAGUUUGCCGUGUUGACUUACUCGGCCUCCUUUGAUCUGUGCAUCAAAUCGCGCGUCAUCUCUGUCGACGACUCUAGAGAUAACGUAAGCACAGGCGGCACACAGCGUGCAUUAAUGACUUCUCUCUGCUUGCCUGCCUGCUUGCCUGCCUGCUUGCCUGCCUGCUUGCCUGCAGGGGCGUGUUCGCGUUGCCAGGUUCUGGAGUACGCGCGAGAGGCGUGACGCAUCAAGUUACUAUGACAACCACCACACACUUGCACUUUCGUUUGAUCCGAGCAACCAGUAAGUGGGCGCCUGUGCCAGCAGCCCGUGGACGAAAAUCGCACGCACCCUGUACGCCAGCCAGCAGCCAUCAGGUUCGCAGAUAGGUCGCACACGUGUGUGUGUAUGCCACAGGCUGUUGCUGAGAUCGAUCGCCGCUUACAUUUUAUAUUUCCCUGUCUCGUGAACUACUUGAGCCGUUUUCCCUCGUGUGCUGUGCUCAACUUCCCACACGAGCUCGUCGAGAGGGUGGGAGGUGGGAGGACUUGUCAUUCAUUCAUCUGUCUGUUCUUGUUGUCUUUUUGACCCACCUCGAUACGGGUGCGGGGAACAGGCAACUGAAGACCUCGAACAACAGGUGCAAGGGCGGGGAUCUGCGCGAGACAACGAUGACACCCAGAGAGAACAAGACAAAGGAUACAAAGAAGCUCAGCAGUACAUGGCCUUUCUUCCUUCUGCCUGCCAGGCACUGUGAAAGGACCCAACGGGAGAGAGGCGGUGCAUGCGGGCGACACAGAACAACAAUACCCGCGAGGAGAACGUGCGGCCAAAGCACUGGUACGUAGCCAGCCAGAGAGCGAUGCAGUGGGCGGGACACAGAGGCACGAAGGAAGCAAGGAACCUGUGACACAACAAUGCACUCCAUUCCACUCCAUCUGUGUCUGUGUGUGGGAUGUUGAUUCGUUCAGUUGUGGCUGAUUAGCAACGCUGGGUUGAAGUUGGAGUAUUCGAUAGACCCGCGGGCCGGCCGGUUUGGGACGGCGGUGCCCAUGAGAGAUGCCGACGGUCGCCUCUGGACCGUCAAGCUGCUGUCGCACGACGAGACGGACGGCAACGCUCGACCGGUACGCACCAUCACACAGGCAGGCAGGCAGGCACACAGACAGACAGACAGACAGACCAGACAGACAGACAGACAUGCAGACAGGGAGAGAGUGCUCGUUCGACCGCUCUUUAUGCAUAUGUGACCACUUAUGUCACGUCUGUCGUGCAGGUCAACGGGUGGUAUCGCUCGGGGAAUGAUUUGUGGUUGAACGAGUGCCGGCGGCGGGCGGAGCAGCCCGACGGCCUGCAGCCGCCAGACGGGAUGGACCGCCUCCAGGCCGUCCACCACAUUCCGCUCCCCUACGCCACCCGUGAGGGCGACCGCGUCGAGGGCAUCACGGCAUACCAAAUGGAAUGGAUCGACAGUAAGCACACCGUACCACUUUACUCUCUCCCCCUCUCUCUAUGUGUAUGCGCAUUGGUUGCAGUGUCGUUGCAUGAAUUGAGGGGGCCGCUGCCUGAGAGCGCGUUGAUGCGCAUUGGUGAGGGGGUUGUUCGCGCCGUCGACUACCUGGGGCGACGAGGUCUCAUGCACGGCGACAUUCACGUACGUGUAAACACAGAUACUUGCCACGUAUUUGCCAUCCGUCUAUCCGUGUGUGUGUGUGUGUGUGCAGGCCAGCAACAUAGGUAUUCGUCGGCGGCAGGCGCCAAAUCCCAGCAGCAGCAGCAGCAGCAGCAGUAGCAGAGCGGCCGGCAAGGAGUACGAGGCCGUUUUGCUCGACAUGGACCGGCUGCACAAUGCCUACGGGGACCACGUCCUGAGCCUUCCCGACAACGCCACCGACGCUCCGCCCAACGCACCCAGGCAGCGCCCCGGAGUGCUAUCGCACAAGCGCGAUAUGCAUGACGCGGUCACCUGCGUCAUCGAGAGCCUCCGGCGGCUUGGCGCUCCGCAGCGGCUGAUCGACGUCUUCGAGCACGCUCUCCCCGCCAGCGAGAUCCGCCCGACCCUCUGCACCUAUCGCGUAGGUCGACUAGCACGGCCAACCACUCACACAACAGACACACACAGAGACAUUUAUCCAUCCAUCCAUUCAGGUCGUAUCGGGGCUGCGAGAGCUGGAGAGGAAGGCGGCCAAGUCGGCGGACGAGAACCGCAGGACGCCGCCCCUGUCGCCGCCGUCGAUGCGCCUGCCGCGCCACCUCACCCCACAGCUAUUAGAUGGCUCACCUGCCGCUCGGCACCGACAACGGCAGCAGCCCUUUUGA